GCCAACUAUCGCCGCCAAUGACCUUCUGGUAAAACCUGCCAUUGUCGUGCAAUUGCGUGGAAUUUUGCGAACGGAGCUGGUGAAAGCCUAUCUUGAUCUUCUUCGCACACACGUCAGCGGGAAACAAGCACCCGCGCGCUUUUACAUCAUGUCACAAACCGUCGGUUUAACCCGACUGGCAUAUUCCAGAGCAUGGCAUCAAGUAUCUGCCUCGACACCUCAUUCUACUUUAUCCACACAAGCAGGCACGACACCCCCGUCACUGGGUCGUUUGGCAUCUCGAAUCGCUUGCCUGCUAAUGGGCAAGCACAAGCCUAUUUUUGACCCGUCUACCGACUGCGGCGAUUACGUUGUCGUUACCAACUGCGCAGCCCUACACACUACAGGAAAGAAGAUGUGGCGAAAGCCGUACUACCGUCACAACACCCGCCCUGGUAGCCUGCAAACUGUUACCAUGGACGUCCUCAUGGAGAAGCACGGUGGUAGUGAAGUGUUGCGCAAAGCUGUCAGUGGUAUGCUGCCCAAGAACAGACUGCGCGACAAGCGAUUGGCCAGAUUGAAAGCGUUCGAGGGUGAUGCUCACCCAUACAAGGACAAUAUUAUCCGCUUUGGUGGUGUCGAAGUCGGCAAGGAAGGUUGGGAUAAGAUGGUAGAGCAACUGCGCGAAAACGAUAAGAAGAGGCUGUAAAAUUACGGUCGUGUACUUGGAUUUUGCGCGUACGAUAUGAAGAGUUGGGUUUCACCUGGGACGAGGGAAUUGUAAAUGGCGAUCCCUUUUGUAUAAUUUGUAACAAUAGCGAUUCUUUGUUGUUGGAAAUGGUAGCAUAGCAUCCGUCGAAUUUUCAUUCAAUACAACAUCACAGCAUACCUGAUGCCUCGCCAACUUUUCUCUUAUGGACUAUUCUAUGGACUAUUCAUCACUCUCAGAAACAGGACACAUAAAUCUGGCAGUGAAAGAACAAAUUAAAAGGCGAUGAGGAACGCCGCUACUCUAUAUAUCUACAAUGCGUUGCUCAAAAGGAGCCGCGGCGAACAGUACAGCUGUAUUUCAGCAACAAUCACGACGGCAUAUUACAGACGCGACGUGCGCCCUGAGGAUCGCGACACGGUACAGGUGAUCAGACCGUUGGGGUUUGUCUGAGGGACAUAUAUCGUAGCAUCUUUGCCCAGAUUCUUGAGACCCUUGUGCCACUUGAGAUCUACCAACUUUGUUAGCAUGGGACUAAACUUCGAUGUCAGGUGCGAGUUGCAAGACUUACCAAGCUCGAAGUAGUGUUUGUUGGGCAGGGAAUAGAGAACAUGCUCUACAUCCGGUACGGCUGCCAGGAUAUCUUCGGACAUGUUGUACAUGGUAGCCUGGACACUAGCGCUAUUCUCUUGCGCGAAGCGGCGCAGAGUGAUAUCACGAGCCACCUGCCAGGCGUUGCCAAACUUAGAGACGGAGCUCUUGACAGCAUCAAGAGUUGCAAACGUCUUCCAUUCCCAUAUAGCAUCUACCUCGGUCGACAAUAUGCGAUCCCAGGUCUCUGGAAGUGUGGUGUACUCGUCGCGGACAAAACUGUGGAAGGCAGACCCGGUGCUCUUGAGGACCGUGAGGCCCUUGAUGCCGCUCUGAAUAGUGAUGCCAUCCUUGCGGGAGAUGCGAGCCUUGGUGACGCGCGUCUCAUUCCCAUCUUUGACAAAGCUAUGGGGAUGUUCCUUGCCAUCUAGAGCGAUUCGGUUCCAACGAUGGGUGGUUACGUCAAUGUUGGCAACGUGAAUGUGCGGAUAGGUCUGGAUGAAGUGGUCGCCGAGGAUGGCUGCAAACUGCUCAGGCGGAUCGACAGGGUGCUGUUUGGCGAAGAUGAAAAUGGUGUUCUUCAUGGAAUCCGUAGCGACAACCACGUUGUUGUUGGCGCGGGUGUAGGAUGUCUCGAUGUCGCCCUCGAGCAAGCAGCACACUGUCAUCUCGGUGACGGUGUGAAUGCCCGUCUUGGCGUCGCGAUCGGUUUUGAAGACGCGGACAUUAUCCUUGCCAUAGCGGGCCGAUGUUAGAGAUGGCAUUUUGUUAUGAGAAAUAAAAAGAAAAGAGUAGUAAGAGGUAGCUGAGUAGCGUGGGUGGGCUCGUUUGUUAUCGUAGUCGGUGUCUGUGGCAGAGGGUAUUGCCAGUUCUACUGCGAAUUGGAUGUGUAGAGAUAUACAAGAUACAAUGUAUAUGUGUCAAUGACAGGAUAGUCGAAAAGAGUGCGCUGGUGAUUGUGGGAAAUGAUACCAGUGUGAAUCAGCGUGGUUAUAAAUGACGAAAGCAGUGACAAGAACUCUCGGACCCGAUCGUCUUUUAGCUUGUCACUGCACCGGAGCCCG